AUGGCAUACUUAAAGUCUGCUUCAUGCUCAUCAUCUUCUGUGAGCUGGAAAUAUGACGCUUUUCUGAGCUUCAGAGGCGAGGAUACUCGCUACAAUUUUGUCGAUCAUCUUUACGCAGCUCUCGUACAGAGAGGACUGUGUGUGUUCAAAGAUGACGAGGAGCUGAAGAAAGGGAAAGAGAUUGCUCCAGAACUCCUGAAAGCUAUUGAGGAGUCAAGGUUUGCAGUGGUUGUGUUCUCAAAGAAUUAUGCAAACUCGUCAUGGUGUUUGGCUGAGCUGGCCAAAAUCAUGCAAUGGCAUAAUGGGAUGGUGAAACCGAAGGUGAUACCGGUGUUCUAUCAUGUCGACCCAUCUGAUCUUCGUGCGCAAAAGAACGACGUGGCUGUUUUCUUUCAGCAGCACGAGGAGAAGUUUGUAGAUGAGAUGGAUAAAGUGAAGGAGUGGAGGGAUGCUCUAACAGCUACAGCCAAUUUAUGUGGCUUGCAUAUCUCCGAUUGCUUCAAAGUGUAAGUUGAAUCUUUUUUCAUGUGUUUCUUAAUUAAGUCAACAAUUACACAAACUUUUUUUUUGGACAUUGGCUGUUGACGUAUCAAAACAUGAUUUAACUCCCAACUUUUUUGGAAAACGAAUCAAUAUUCCAAUCAGGUGAAAUGGAUGACAUUUGUGUUAGAUCACUUGUAGACAUAUAACUUCACAUACAAUCUAUUCAUGUCGAUAUUGCACUAAUUUUAAAGUACAAUCUAUUCAUGUCGAUAUUGCACUAUUCAUGUCGGUUCAAUUCAAAUUUGA